AUGGAGCAGGAGGAAAAGCCCCAGAGAUCCCGCAUGAGGAGAGGGAAACCCAGCCCAGGGAGCUGCAAGGAGGAAAGACCCUCCCUGAGCCGGGAAGGCAGCCAGAGAUCCAGGCAUAGCUCAGAGCUGGUGGAGAAGCCUCCUGGAGGGCAGAAGCCCCACAAGUGCUUGGAAUGUGGGAAGGGUUUCAGCCACAACUCCCAUCUGAUCCGGCACCAGAGGAUCCACACUGGGGAGAAGCCCUACGAAUGUGGGAAAUGUAGGAAGAGCUUCACGACUGUUUCUUAUCUGCUGCAGCACCAGGUGAUCCACACUGGAGAACGGCCCUACACCUGCUUGGAAUGUAGGGAGAGCUUUAGGUGGAUGUCUGGCCUGAGAAGACACCAGCGCAUCCACACUGGGGAGAGGCCCUACGAGUGUCCUGUGUGUGAUAAGAGGUUUCAGACCAGUUCUGAUUGCCUCAGACAUGAGCGGAUGCACACAGAGGAGAGGCCCUUCCGCUGCCCCGACUGCGGGAAGGGAUUCAAGCACAACUCCACCCUCACUGCCCACCGGCGCAUCCACACUGGGGAGAGGCCCUAUGAAUGUCCUGUGUGUGAGAAGAGGUUUCCAACAAGAUCCAAUCUCCUCAAACAUGAGCGGAUUCACACAGAGGAGAAGCCCUUCCCUUGCCCUGACUGCGGGAAGGGAUUCAAACGCAACUCCCACCUCACUACCCACUGGCGCAUCCACACCGGGGAAAAGCCCUACGAGUGUCCUGAGUGUGGGAAGAGCUUCUCACACAGCUCAGCCUUGACCCGACACGAGAAGCCUCAUGGAGGGGAGAAGCCCCACAAGUGCUUGGAAUGUGGGAAGGGUUUUAGCUACAGCUCCAGGCUCAUCUGGCACCAGAUGAUCCACCUUGGGGAGAAGCCCUACAAGUGUGGGAAAUACGGGAAGAGCUUCAGAAACAUCUCUCACCUGAUGCAGCACCAGGUGAUCCACACUGGAGAACGGCCCUACACCUGCUUGGAAUGUGGGAAGAGCUUUGGGGACAGCUCCAACCUGAGAAAACACCAGAGCAGCUACACCGGGGAGAGGCUCUACGAGUGUCAUGUGUGUGGGAAGAGCUUCUCACAGGGCUCAGCCUUGACCCGACACCAGCGGAGCCACCACUUAGGGAAGCCCUGUGAGUGCCCCGA